GACGAGGGGGGGAUGCAGCAGCUGCAGCCGAAGCAGAUGCACUGGGUGCGGGCCGACUCCUCCGACUUCGGGGGCGACCGCCCCGCCCCACGCAGCGGGCACACGGCGGUUAGCAUCGGCAAGUCCAAGGUGGUCGUCUUCGGCGGAUUCGCCGACAAGCGCUUCCUCGCUGACGUCUCCGUCUACGACGUUGAGAAUAAGCUAUGGUACACACCUGAGUGCACUGGUAAUGGAUCGGACGGGCAGGCAAGCCCGAGCCCAAGGGCGUUUCACAUAGCUGUCGUGAUUGACUGUAACAUGUUCAUCUUCGGUGGCCGUUCAGGGGGCAAGAGGUUAGGUGAUUUCUGGAUGCUAGACACUGACAUAUGGCAAUGGUCGGAGCUGACUGGCUUUGGUGAUUUGCCGUCACCACGGGAGUUUGCUGCUGCUUCAGCUAUAGGAAACAGAAAAAUUGUUAUGUAUGGUGGUUGGGAUGGCAAGAAGUGGCUGUCAGAUGUAUAUAUCAUGGACACAAUGUCACUCGAGUGGACAGAAUUAGCGGUUACUGGAUCUGUGCCACCUCCAAGAUGUGGGCAUUCUGCAACCAUGAUCGAGAAGAGACUGCUUAUAUUUGGAGGCAGAGGUGGAGCAGGACCGAUAAUGGGUGAUUUAUGGGCUUUGAAGGGUAUUACUGAAGAAGAUAAUGAGACACCAGGUUGGACACAACUGAAGCUUCCAGGGCAAUCUCCCUCUCCACGAUGUGGUCAUUCAGUAGCAUCUGGUGGACCUUAUCUCUUGCUAUUUGGAGGACACGGAACUGGUGGUUGGCUAAGUAGAUAUGAUGUGUACUACAAUGAAUGCAUUAUUUUAGACAGGGUCUCUGUUCAGUGGAAGCGUCUACCAACAAGCAACGAACCACCCCCUCCUCGGGCAUAUCACUCCAUGACUUCCAUAGGGUCUCGAUUUCUUUUAUUUGGUGGCUUUGAUGGAAAGAAUACGUUUGGCGAUUUGUGGUGGCUUGUUCCUGAAGAUGAUCCUAUUGCGGAACGAGAUUUAGCUCCUAACAGCGAUUCAAACAGCAAACCUAGCACUAUGACUGGUGAUGCCCAGCAAUCCAAGUUAAAGGAGCUGCAAGUUGAUGAGUCUCCAAUAAUUGAACUGGCCAAACGACUGGGAAUUCCACUUUCUGAGGAAGUUUCAGCAAGUUUUGUUGACGAAAUCAAUGAUAAAGAACUUGUGGAAUUGUCCUCUAGGCUUGCUGGUCAAUUGCUUCCAGCUAGUGACCAGGUUGCAUCAAUUCAGGUACUUCGUGAUCAUUGGAAAAGUUCUCCGGCAAGCUCACUACAACUGCAGGAACUAGGCCCUUUGCUGAGGGAUUAUCAACGCCUCAUCCUCCGACGCUAUUCGGGAAAUCCAUUUACAGUUUUUCGUGAAAUGGAAGCUCACCGGUUUUUCCAUUUGAAAAGUGUUUCUCAGUUGCGCAUGGAUGACAUUCCCAUCUUGUUGAGUGAGUAUGGAAGGCUGCUUUUGACAUGAGAUGGCAUCUUGCAAGUUGUGCCUCUUUGCUUGGUUUUACCAGGAAAUUUGGAACUUAAGAAGGCAGCAAGGGAAGCAGCUUAUGUGCCAUCUUACUCUGAUUGUUGGGUAGCAUGGGCACAACACAGUGAUGGCCGAUGUACCAAACCUUUUCUCUCAAAGAUAGGCUGAAGAACAUUCGUAGAAUUGUGCAUCAUGAACACGUUUAGGACCUAUCAUUUCUGAACUAAAAUUGAAGCGACAACUCCUGGGAUCGAGAAGUUGACAGGAAGACACUUCGCGCUUGUUCUCUACUCCUUUGAUCCCUGCUUUCACCUCCCUGUAGCGCGCCAUUUCUUCCCAUUUUAGAUAAUUGUAUGUUCUGCGUGGGUUGGCUGUACAAAUAUACACAACUGUCCCAUGCAUCCAUGCAUGAUACAUCGUUCAAGAAAAGUACAAUUGGGGAAUGUCGGCAGUAACACAUCUCCAUUCCUAA